AUGCCGCCUUGGGGCCGGCAGCUAGGGACGGAUGACUCUCAGAGAGUGCCUUGUGGGCUGUGCACGGGUAGAAGCUUCGAGAUGGGGAGAAGUGACGAUAAAGUAUUUCAGGCCGCUGCUGGAGAAAGAAAGCUUCCCCCAGACACCAUUUCCUCCGCCUGUGCCUUCCUACAAGCUUAUCUGGCUUUCAGGCAACUGCCGGAGCCUCAUUGGUUAACAACAGAAGAAAGGAAUCAAGUUAUACAUGACCUCAAAGCCUCAGGAUGGUCAGAAUUAAAUGAAAGAGAUGCUAUAUAUAAAGAAUUCUGUUUCAAAAAUUUUAAUCAGGCUUUUGGAUUUAUGUCCCGAGUUGCACUACAAGCAGAAAAGAUGAAUCACCACCCUGAAUGGUUUAAUGUAUAUAACAAGGUACAGAUAACUCUUAUUUCACACGACUGUGGUGGACUGACCAAGAGAGAUGUAAAACUGGCACAGUUUAUUGAGAAAGCUGCUGCUUUUGUUUAA